CAUAGCAAACAGAGCCAGACAAGAUUGACUUCACUGGAUAGCUACAUAAAGGCUGACACCUUACACAACUUACAGAUAAUAACGGUUUGUCUGCUGACUGUUUGUACAGAGUGCUCAUAAGGAAUAAGAGCCUGCUCCUUCUACAAUAAGCAGCAGUUUGUGAUCUUAAGAAGUUUCCUUCUGAAAACCUUCCAACAAGCAGCAAACAUGGAGCGGAUGGAGGAUGAAAGGCCAAAACAGAAGGUAACCAUGUACCUUCUCUACUGUGUUUUCACGGCAGUCAUCGGCUCGCUACAGUUUGGCUACAAUACCGGAGUCAUCAACGCACCAGAGCAGAAACUGAGGAGCUUCUUCCGCAAUGUGUCUAUGGAUCGUUAUGGGGAGCCUUUCAGUGACGAAACCAUUACCGUGGUGUGGAGUGUUUCUGUGGCCAUUUUCAGUGUGGGAGGCAUGAUAGGGUCUUUCUCUGUCGGAGCCAUGGUCAACAAGUUUGGCAGGCGCAAGUCCAUGCUUCUAGCAAACACCGUGGCUGUACUGGGCGGCACUUUGAUGGGACUGUCGACCGUGAGUCGAUCUUUUGAGAUGGUCAUUGUCGGCCGGUUUGUCAUCGGCGUGUUCUGUGGUCUGUGCACAGGACUGACACCCAUGUAUGUGGGCGAGAUCUCUCCUACGGCUCUCCGAGGAGCCUUUGGCACACUGCACCAACUGGGUGUAGUUAUUGGCAUUCUGGUAGCACAGAUCUUUGGUCUGGAGUUUCUUUUGGGCUCAGACACUCUGUGGCCUCUACUGCUGGCCCUGACUGCCCUGCCCGCUGUAGCACAGAGCAUCAUGCUGCUCUUCUGCCCUGAGAGUCCUCGCUACCUGCUCAUCAACCUCAAUCAGGAGGAGGAUGCACAAAAAGCACUGGUUUGUCUGCGCGGCCGUGAAGAUGUUAGCGAAGAUAUUCAGGAGAUGAAGGAGGAAGCGAUGAAGAUGGCCCUGGAAAAGAAAGUGACUAUACUUGAACUUUUCCGCUCCCCAAACUACCGUCAACCAAUCAUUAUCGCUAUCAUCCUCCAGCUCUCUCAGCAGCUGUCUGGCAUCAACGCUGUGUUUUACUACUCCACAGGCAUUUUUGAAACGGCUGGUGUAAAAGAGCCCAUCUAUGCCACCAUUGGAGCUGGAGUUGUCAACACUGUGUUUACUGUUGUCUCUCUCUUCCUGGUUGAAAGGGCAGGGAGAAGGACCUUACACCUGAUUGGACUCGCUGGAAUGGCUGUCAGUGCCCUCCUCAUGACUAUCUCCCUCUCUUUGGUGAGAGAGGGCAGCAACACUCUAUUAAGUUACCUGGCCAUAGUGGCCGUAUUUGGCUUUGUUGCCAGUUUUGAAAUGGGUCCAGGUCCCAUCCCCUGGUUCAUCGUGGCGGAGCUCUUCUCCCAGGGUCCUCGACCUGCUGCCAUGGCCAUCUCUGGUUUGUCUAACUGGACUGCCAACUUCCUGGUUGGGAUAACUUUUCCGAAACUAGCGGAGGUUUGUGGUCCUUAUGUCUUCAUCAUCUUCAUGAACUUCCUCAUCGUAUUCUUCAUCUUCACCUUCCUGCGGGUACCUGAGACCAAAGGAAGGACCUUUGAUGACAUCGCCCAGGGAUUUGCUGCCAGUGCAGGGAAAACCCCAGUGCCUGAGGCGGUGGUCGUGGGCCUUCCAGAUAGCAAAGACCCUGCACCUAUGUCCCCGACAGAAAAGGUUCCCAUGGUGGAUCUUCCUGCAGAUAAACCAUGAACAUGAAAAAGAAGGAAAACUUAGGGUACAACAAAGAAAACAGUUUUCACGCACAUAGAUAUUGUAAGGACUCGCAAAUGACAAAAGAGCAGCUUAGUGCCACGGAAUGUGUUUAGAAAAACCAACUCAGUGUAUUAAUGCAGAUAUAAGAUAGCGAUGAGUGUGCCUUGUUUAAAAUUACAUUGUGUUUUUUUAUAGAUUCCCUAGUUACAAAUGCUAAAAUAAUUGAGAGAGGUCCCUGUAAGCCUGCUGUAAACACAGGCCAAACUUAACUGAAUUACCAGUACUUAAUUUUUGUUGACAUUCCCAGUGCCAGCUCCACACAUAUUCCCAUGUAAGAGGAUCAACAUAUGUUCAGUGUUAAGACCCCACGCCCUCAGCUACCCCCAGUGUUAAAAGGUUGUAGGAUUUGGGGUUUUAUGUAUUGAGGUCAAGCUUGGAAAGCUGCUGUUGGAGCCCAGUAGUUUGACCCAAAAAGACUGACUUGUUGUCCUGUCUGCCUGCUUGAUGUGCCUCACUGCCAGAGGAAGGGAGUCAUGUUGUCCUGAGUAAACAUGGAGGGGGUGCUGUACAGUAGCAGUAUUUCUCCCCUUCAGGUGCACAAAAAAGCACUGACUAUAGACUUAUAAGUUUAUUUAAGCAUUCUGAGAGUAGAGGAUGUUUGUAUUUAUGUGUUUGAACUCAGCCACGCUUGUGCUGAUAAAAAAUAACACAAGGACAGUUAUGUUAACUCGUACUGCCACUAAGAACAAUAUUAUUUGUAUGACAAUGAGAUGUAGUCUAACACUGCCAAGCCGUAACAAAGUCUCUUUACAGGCUUUCUGCUCAUAAAACCACAACCUAACCUCGUGUUUUUAUUAUUAUUUCACUGUAGCGUACAGAAAGAAUGAGAAUUGUUUACAGUAUGCAUUACAACAGUUAGCUAUGAAAUGCAAUGAAGCAUUUUGAUGCUCCAUAACUCAGGUGGAUAAUUGUGUUACAGGGCUUCUAAGUGCUAUAGUUUAGAAAUGCACUUAUCCAUCACUGUACUUGAAACUCUUGGACAUCUGUACGUAACUACUAGCAGCAGCUAUUGCAUCAAAGGUCAUCAAAUCAAAAGUUCUUGUCAGGGCUGAACAGUAUUUCAUCAUUUUGAGGGAUGUAUCACAACACAUUCAAGUCUACUGAUGAUUAAAUAACAGCACACACAUAUCUCAGUCAAAGCAAGAUAUUCCACAUAUGGUGAGGCGAGGUUGAGUAAAAACACUAAUGAAUUGUAUUUAUUUCACUUGUUAAUGCACAGAAAAUGUCUUUUUGUCUGUAAUUGUCUUUAAUAGUCUGAAAUCAUGUAUAUGUCUUGUCAAAUAUUCAUUAAGUGCAUCAUGAUAAGCUGUUAUUCAUGCUUACAAAUGAGUGUGUCAAUGUUUGCACAGUUGCAUCACUGGUAAGAAAGCCCUUCUCAACGUUUGAGCUCAACAGUGUUUCAUUUCCACUCUGGCAGUCAGACUACUUUUUUUAAUGAUUGUGUAUAUUAUGUGUGGCUCUCUCCUAGAAUGUGUAUGCUUUUGGUUGUUGUUCAUAAUCCAGUUGAAUCUGUGUUACAUCCACUCCGAUUUCUGUUGCACUCUGGAAACAAUGUUACUAUGGUGAAUACCACGAUGUUGCGCUGCAAUUUUUGGGAAAACAGAAGUGAGAAGUGACACAGAAGUGUGUGAGAGUCAGAUAAGAGUUUACCUUUACUGUUUUUCUAUUAUAAUGUCCUGCUGUAAUAAUAUGAGUGACACCGAGAAACUUAAAAGGAAAUAAAGUUGUCCAUAUUUUAAGGGAAUGUGUGACUUGAAUUAUGAGCAUAAAACAGAGCUUUCUGUUUUUUUUUUUUCUUGCUAUAAUGCUAUAAGUCAAAGCAAAUUUGUUUCCAUGAAUAUUUAAUGUAACCGCAGUCUCUGUGCUAGUGAAAGUGUGUCUGGUAUUUUGUCUGGUACCCACUUCUGCACCAGCAACUCUAUUUCCUUCUUUGCACUUUGGCAAAACUUCAGUUAGCUGCGCAGUUGCACACUGUAGAGCUAACCAACUCUCUAAAACACUGAAAUAAAGACAUAAAUUGAAAAACAAGA